UAAAGCCGUAAGCAUGUAGCUAGCUUGCUAGCGUUAGCUAAAUUAUUAAAUGACAAUAGACGUUUGCUUGUCCUCCCUUGCACAUUGAUGGAAAUAUUUCUCUUGCAGAUGCUCCUUUAACGUCCAGUGGAAGAAAAACAUCGCUCAUAAAUCAGCAUGGUGGAUUCUCAGUACUACCUGCCAAAUGACAUUGGGAUCGCAGCCCUGGAUUGUGGAGAAGCCUUCAAACUGCUUUCUCCCAAGGAGAAGUUGUAUGCACAUUACCUCUCAAGGGCCGCUUGGUACGGUGGUCUGGUGGUGCUGCUGCAGACCUCUCCUGAGUCUCCCUAUGUCUAUGUGCUCCUGCAGAGACUGUUCCGGAAGCAGGCCCCUGCACAGUUGGAGGCUGUGGCAGAUGCAGCAGGGCUGAGCUCAGAGGAAUACCAGGCAUUUCUUGUAUAUGCAGCUGGGCUAUACGCAAACAUGGGAAACUACAAGUCAUUUGGUGAUACAAAGUUCAUCCCCAAUUUACCAAAGGAGAAGUUCAAGGCCCUGGUGUGGAAUAGUCAGGCCUAUAAGGAGAGCCCAGGUGAGAUGGAGGCACUGUGGAACAACUGCUCUCACCUGCUCUACUCCCUGGAAGACAAGCAAAAACAGCUUGGUCUUGGGGACAAGGGAGUCACUACAUAUUUCUCAGGAAACUGCUGUUUAGAAGAUGCAGAGUUGGCCCAGAAAUUUCUAGACUCCAAGAAACUGAGUGCCUACAACACCCGUCUGUUUAAGAAGGAGUCAGCAGGGAAGCACUGCUAUGAGGUGCGCCUUGCCUCUGCAGUGAAGAAAGACUGUGGUGUGGAAGGCGAGGGAGAGACUCGCUGUGGCACGUAUGACUUUGACGAGGCCGUAUUCUCUGUUCAGAGAGGAGAUUAUGCAUUUCUUAUGGAGAAAGUGAGCCAGAACUUGGAGAAAGCUAAGGCUUAUGCUGCCAGUGAUAACCAGAAGGGCAUGCUGGAGGAAUAUAUCCGUAGUUUUACCUAUGGUUCUGUGGAUGCUCAUAAAGAAGGCUCUCGGUUUUGGAUAAAAGACAAAGGACCUAUUGUGGAGAGUUACAUUGGCUUUAUUGAGAGCUACAGAGAUCCGUUUGGCUCAAGAGGGGAGUUUGAAGGGUUUGUUGCUGUGGUGAAUAAGGCGAUGAGUGCACGCUUUGCUGAGCUGGUAAGCUCAGCUGAGGUUUUGCUACCAGAGCUGCCGUGGCCUCCUGCCUUCGAGAAGGACCACUUCCUCAAACCUGACUUCACCUCCCUGGAUGUGCUCACCUUUGCUGGCAGCGGCAUUCCAGCAGGAAUUAAUAUUCCAAACUAUGAUGACAUCAGACAAACUGAAGGCUUUAAGAACGUGUCAUUGGGGAAUGUGUUGGCUGUUGCAUACGCCACACAGAAAGAGAAGCUCACUUUUCUUGAAGAAAAAGACAAGGAUCUGUACAUCAAAUGGAAGGGCCCUUCUUUUGAGGUGCAAGUGGGGCUUCAUGAGCUUCUGGGCCACGGUAGUGGGAAGCUCUUCAUCCAGGACGAAAAGGGAAAACUCAACUUUGAUAAGGCUGAGGUCCGUAAUCCCGAGACAGGAGAACUGAUAUCUAGCUGGUACAAAGGAAGUGAGACAUGGGACAGCAAAUUCUCCACCAUUGCUUCCUCCUAUGAGGAGUGCAGGGCAGAGUGUGUGGGACUCUACCUCUGUCUUAACAAGCAAGUCCUCAGUAUAUUUGGCCAUGAAGGUGAGGAAGCAGAGGAGGUUGUAUAUGUCAACUGGCUGAACAUGGUCCGUGCCGGUCUGCUGGGCUUGGAGUUUUACACGCCAGAAAGCAAGAGCUGGAGACAGGCUCAUAUGCAGGCUCGCUUUGUGAUUCUGCGUGUGCUGCUGGAAGCAGGAGAGGGGCUAGUCACCCUUUGCGAGUCCUCGGGGGCAGACGGUCGCCCUGAUGCCCUCAUCACACUGGACCGCAGCAAUAUUCACACAGUGGGCAAACGUGCCAUGCAGAAGUUCCUCUGCAAACUGCAGGUGCACAAGUCCACAGCUGAUGUGGAGGGCGGUAGGGCUCUCUAUGAGACUUACUCUGCAGUCACGUCUGACGGUUCUCACGAUUUCCUACGGCUAAGGGAGACUGUCCUACUCCGCAAGGAAGCCCGUAAGAUGUUCGUCCAGGCCAACACUCUGCUUAAAGGAGAGACGGUCGAACUGGAGGAGUAUGAGGCUACUGCUGCAGGACUGAUCCAGUCAUUCACCCAGCGUUUCACUGAAGAUGCUGAAAAACUGGAGGCUCAGCUGCUGGAACUGGUCUCCAUUGACGCCCCCUGCUGGUGCUGAGUGACACUGCGCUCUUAAAGCCAGCCUCUCCAAUGAGUGUUUUUUGUUGUUGUUUUUUUUAAAUUUAAUUUAAUUUUUUUUAACUGCACUAAUCCAGCAGGCAAAAGAUGCCUCACAGAAUGAAAUAAGAAAAUCAGAUAGAAAUGGAAUAUACAAGGUCCCUGUGAAAACAAUGCAGGAUACAUGGCAAAAAAUGAGAUGGUCACCUUGAACCAAACUUAGUCACAUUUAGUGCUUUACUUGUUUUACCAUAUACAGCUUCGUUAGAUUUGAUUCACAGUUCUGUGUUGGCCAAUGUCAAUGUACAAAUUCAUGACAGUUUUCAAUUCGGAGUAUGUAAGCGCUGCUCAUCUGAGAUGGGACCAUAGCCUCCACUUCCCACACAGAUGGAGACGUGUUAAAGCAACAAUGAAGUAAAAUGUGCCCUGUGUGGGAGGAGUGGGAGAAAAGCUUAUACAAUCUAGACAAGUUACACUUUCUUGAGUUAUUUUAAAACAUCCAGUCCAAAUAAUCAUCUAGUGACAUUCGUUAUCUCUGCAUGACAUAACCAACUGAUUAUCAACUGCCUAUAGGUCCAGCUUGGUAUAUGAACGGUUUAGUGAGAAGUUCCACAGGACAUGAAAGUGUCACUGAUUUUAUUUGUUCUUGAAGGUAUGUAAUGUCAAAGCAUAUCGUGUGUGAUUUGUGGACAAUGGAAACAUUUCCUACUAUAUAAAAACAAUGUCCACAAUCUUUGUUGUUUUUUUACAGCACCUGUAGUAUUAAAUAUUUCAUAAUGAUAAUACAGCUAAUAAAUGUCUAAAUUUACAGUA